AUGAUUAAACAACAGCAACCACAGCAACUUAAGGCGCAAAGCACCCAGGUCCUUCAGACCAUUACAUACGCCAUAUAUGCAUAUAAUUCAAAGACAGCAGAACAAACACAAAGGUUGAAAUAUAGAGAUUUGGAGAUAGUAUUGAAAAAUGACCAUUUCGAAUUCGUUUGCAAAGGUGGUGCAGUGAUAUCAAAUAUAAAAGAAAUUUUAUUUAUGAAUUCAAAAAUUAAAGGAAUAACGGAUGAUAUAACAUCAAUUCCACCAGAAGAACAAAGAUAUUACGCAUUAAAUGCAUUUCCUAAAGUUUUGAAGAUUGGAAGAUUUAAUUUAAAUGAGGAAUUCAUAAAAGGUUUCCUUAAUGACAUAAUGAAGAAGGCAGAUAAGGAAUAUGUUAAUGGUGAAUUAAUGAAGAAGGCAAAUUUGGUUUAUGUUGAUGAAAAAGAUAAUGAAAUUAAAGAAAGGGUUGAAUGGUAUCAUGAAUGGACAUCAAAGAUUUUAAAAACUAAAGCUGAUACAGGAUGGGUUUCAGGAUGUUUAGACCUUAAAGCAGAUAAAACUUAUGUUAAUGAUGAGUUAGAGAAGAAGGCAGAUAAGGAAUAUGUUAAUGAAAUAUACCAAAGUUUGAUAGGAACAACUAAAAAUAUUGAAACUAUUGUUGGUGACUUUUCUGUCAAUGAAGAAAAUAAAUAUUUUAGAUGGCAGUUUGUACAGUCCUUAAAAAAUGGUAUACGAUGUAAACUCAUUCCGAAAAAUAACAAUGAAAUGUAUGUAAGCUAUAUAAAGAAUAAUGGUACACAAGUUAAAGUUCCAUUAGACAACAACUGCUACUUAAACUUAUAUGAAGACGAACAAAAGAAAUAUUUAAGAGUUUAUGAAAUGACAGAUAUGACAUUGCCUGACCCAGCUCCAGCACCAUAUUAUUAUGACUAUGGAGAUGACGAUAGAACACCACAUGUAGAUGAACAAAAGCUAACAUUAUAUUUAGAUUAUUAUAGAUAUAAAAGAUAUAAUGCAAUAGAAAAAACGAGAAUAGUAUAUUAUUAUACAGAUGACAAAAAUAAAUAUUAUAGUCAAGAUUUUACCUACCCUGAAAACAUAAGAUUAUAUUAUAAAAAAUAUUCUGACACAAACCAGAAGAAACCUGAAAUAGUUACACUAUAUUUUAAGUUCAAAAGAGACAAUCCUAUAUUAUCUCAUAUGUUUGAUUUAAUGAACCCAGUAGGUUCUAUUUAUACAUCUAUGGAUGCAAGAGGUCCUCAAGUAAUGUUUGGUGUUGGUGCAUGGGAACAGAUUGUAGACAGGUUUUUGUAUUGUGCAAACUCUUCAAAGGAAACAGGUGGAAGUAAAACGAUUUCAGGUGAAAAUUUACCUGCACACAGUCACUACAUAGAUUUAAGUACAUCUCAGGCAGGUUGGCAUAAGCAUAGAUAUUGGGAUUGGUCAGGAAUGACAAAAGGUAAAGGAUAUGAUGUUAAAGACGACGUUAAGUUUGCUAUAAAUUGUUACUGGAGUGACACUCAGGGAGAAGGAAACCAUACACAUUCCGUUUCAGGAUAUACACAAACAACGGGACAAAGUAAAGAAUACAUGCCACCUUACAUGACAGUUUACGCAUGGUAUAG